AUGAAGAGGAAGAAGGACACAGAGGUGAAGAGUAAAACCUCAGUUACUAAAGCCACACCUUCACCGAAUCCUGAUCAGACACCAAACCAGCCCUCUGAAAAGAAGCGAAAAAUUCCAACCACCUUGCUGCCAUCCUGGUACAAGGAACCAGUGAUCUUCAAAGAUGUAGCUGUGUACUUCAGCCAGAAAGAGUGGCAGCUACUGGAGCCUGCUCAGAAGGACCUGUACAGGGAUGUGAUGCUGGAGAACUACGAGAACCUGAUCUCUGUGGAGUAUUACAUUUUCAAACCACGGUUGAUCACCAGGUUGGAGCAUGGUGUUGACCUUUUUGCUGAAGAGAACAAUGUUCCCAGAGAACGCCAGCAACGUGAGGCAGGAGUCAGCAGAAGCAACACCUCUGCAGGAAGGAAGACAGUAAAUAACUCAAAGACAGAAAUCCCAAAGCCGGACACUUCUAAGACAACGUCACAGGAGAAGCUGAAGAAAGAUCGAGGGGGUGGUUCCAAGAGUUUGAGGGCAGAAAAGCCUUCCAAACGUGAUGACAGGCCAUCUCAAAACAAGGAGAAGCCACUUCAGAACAAGGAGAAGCCAUCUCAGAGUAAGGAGAAGCCAUCUCAGAGUAAGGAGAAGCCAUCUCAGAACAAGGAGAAGCCAUCUCAGAACCGGGAGAAGCCAUCUCAGAGCCGGGAGAAGCCAUCUCAGAACCGGGAGAAGCCAUCUCAGAACCGGGAGAAGCCAUCUCAGAACCGGGAGAAGCCAUCUCAGAACCGGGAGAAGCCAUCUCAGAGCAAGGAGAAGCCAUCUCAGAACAAGGAGAAAUGUGGUUCAUCUUUGACAAGAGAAGCAGGCAAAACGGUCACUCCUGGGAAUAAAGAGCGAGAAUCUGUGACCCCUGGAACAUCUUCGAGUCAAACAGCAGCAACUACAACACCAAGGAGCACCCCUCAAGAAAAGUCAACUUUGGGGAAAGCCUCUCAUGGAAAAACACAGAAUGCCAGCAACUUCACACAGCCCAAGCUUAAGCCUGCCCGACAAGGUAAGAACCACUUUAAAUGUAAGGAAUGUGGGAAAACCUUCAACCAGACCCUCCACCUUGUGGAGCACGAGAGAAUUCACACAGGAGAGAAACCCCACAAGUGUGACACCUGCGGUAAGUCGUUCAGGCACCUCUCGUACUUCCUGACACACUAUCGAAUUCACACGGGGGUGAGACCUUAUAAGUGUAAGGAGUGUGGCAAAGCCUUCAACAGCAGCUCCACUCUCAACAAUCACCGCAGGAUCCACUCGGGAGAGAAACCCUUCAAAUGUGACGAGUGUGGGAAAACCUUCAAGCAGAGCACAAAGCUCACUCGUCACCAACGGAUCCACACGGGGGAGAAACCCUACAAGUGUGGCGAGUGUGACAAGUGCUUUGGCCGCAGCUCAUCCCUGAGGGAGCACAAGAGGAUCCACACAGGAGAGAAGCCAUACCGCUGUCAGGUGUGUGGGAAAAGCUUCCGGGUCAACUCGCACCUUUCGGAGCAUCAGCGGCUCCAUCUGAAGGUGAAGCCCUACAGGUGUGAUAAGUGUGGCAGGCACUUCCGAAACAGCACUUACUUAUCAGAACAUAAGCAGUCCCAUGUGCCCGGGGCCCGAGUGGACUGCCUAGAAUGUGGGAAGGUCUUCGCUUGCAAGGUAGCCCUUCUCAAGCACCAGAAAAGACAUGACGCGGACUCCAGAUAUCGGUGCAAGGGAUGUGGAAAGACUUUUAGGUGUAAGUCAAGCAUCCAACGGCAUGAGAGGCUUCAUGCUGGGGAGAAGCCUUUUGUGUGCACCAAGUGUGACAAAGGUUUCACUGAUAAAACCACAUUGAAUAAUCACUUGAAAAUCCACUCUGGAGAUAGGCCAGAUCCAUGUGCCCAGUGUGGGAGAACCUUUAAAAAACUGGCUACCCUGCUGCUUCACCAGAAAAAGCAUGUUAAAAAUAAACCCACCGACAAUGUAUAAAAGACCUUUAGCCAGAGUUCCCCCCUCUGGGUCUUUGGAACAGAGUUGAAAUGAGAGAAACUAUGUACGUGAACAGUUUCUUCAUUUCUUAGUAGUUGUUUUCUUGUAAGCCAGUAGUUGUCCACAAAAGACUGAUUUUAACCCUUCCCCUACUUGGAGCAUUUGUGCAAUAUAAAGAGACUUUUUUGUUGUUAUUAUUAUUCCAACAGACAGGUGCCACUAUAAACUGGCAUCUAUGGAUAAAGGCGAAGGACGCUAUCAAAUAUCCUACAAUGUACCAAACAGACUGCCUUGCCUCCCAAUAACUAAGAAUGACUUGGCCUCUCUCAAGCAAAAGCCAUAUGGGCAUUUGAAUUUGAGAAGGAAUUCAGGUAGAGUGUUUUCUGCCAGCCACUACAGUAACCACUAACCAGGUAUGGCUGUUCAAAUGUCAAGGAAUCAACAUGAAAUAAACAUUUAAAUGCAAUCUCUUGGUUGCAGCAUCAACAUUUCAAGUCCCCAGUGGGCUGGUAGCUUCUCUGGCCACUGAUAUCAUGGUCAGCUAACAUUUUCAACACCACAGAAGAUUCUAUUCAGAACUGGUUUAGAUCCCAGUGAUCGAUAAUUAUCUCAUGAGAUGACUCUGAGAAACUAGCUUCAUGAUAUUGAAUUUGUGCCUUUUACAGCGGAAUGUAGCAUUUUGUACGUUUUGUGAAUGUGUUGGAGCCUGUGACGUUUGGAGCACUUUCAGAUCUCCAAUGGGUCAGUGCCCCACCCACAGGACUCCUACCUCUGUGUGUUCAGUGGGUUACUGAUAACAUCACUGAUAACUGUGAGCAUAUGUUGAUCACUAUCUACCUAUCAAGUAUGGUGCUGAACUCUAUGUGAAUUAGCAGACCUAAUUCUCAUCGGAGUCCUAUGAGAUAAGAACUGUUGUGUACCUAAUUUUCUGUUGAGAAAACCAAGGCUUUUCCUUAAGAGUGUCUAUCUCUCCUCUCUUCUCUCCCCCCCCCCCUCCCCGCUUUUUUUUAAGUUACAGGACUCCUACCUCCAUUGUGCCUCAGGCAGAAGGAUCAGUAGGUUGCUAACAGUAUUACUGAUACAUUUGAGUGUUUAUUAAUGUCUUUCUACCUAUCAAGUAUGGUGCUGAAAUCUUUACAUGAACUAUAUCAGUUAAUCAAUCCUACCAGUCAUAUGAGAUAAGAAGUACUAUGUAUAUUAUGUACCUUAUUUUCUUUGUUAUCCUCUUUUGUGUGUUUUUUUUUUGAGGCAGAGUCUCACUGUGUAGCCUAGACUAGUCUCAAACUUGUGACAGUUGUCCUGCCUCAGUCUUUCCAGGGCUGGGAUGGCAGGUGUGAGCCACCAUACCUGGCUGAGCUGCUUUGUAAAGAUGUGUUAUUUCCAAUUUUGCACUUAAAGCAAGACUGCGUUGCUAAUUUUAUAUUGCACUCUUUCAAAUAGAUAAGAUUUAUUAUAGAUUUGCAUAAAAUGUGCCUUUAAAAUGUGUGUGUGUGCAUGCGAGUGUGUGUGUGUGUGUGUGUGUGUGUGUGUGUGUGUGUGUGUGUGCUUACAUUUCUGUGUAAACAGCUCCUGACAGCAGAAAGCAGGAGCUGGGACAGAGGUCAGUAAACAUGAAGUGUACAGAUGUAGGUGGAUCUAGCCACAGUCACUUGGAAGGUUUGGUACAUGCCACACGGACUCAUUUAUGAAUUUUCUGUCCAAUGGUUGUUUGGAGGCAUAUAAAGAUGACAUCAAGUAUUGGAACAGAGACCCAACAUCUCAUGAAGCUGAAAAUGCUUUCUCUGUGAUCUUUGAUGGAGAAAGCAUUGGCUGGCCACCUCUGAAUGGCGGAUGAGCUGGAAUGGAUUAAGACUCCUACCUCCAUUGUGCCUAGGGCAGAAUGCUUAAUAACAUCACUGAUAACUGAGCAUCUGUUGAUCAUAUUCUACUUGUCAAGUGUGGUGCUGAACUCUAUGUGAAUUAGCAGACCUAAUUCUCAUCGGAGUCCUAUGAGAUAAGAACUGUUGUGUACCUAAUUUUCUGUUGAGAAAACCAAGGCUUUUCCUUAAGAGUGUCUAUCUCUCCUCUCUUCUCUCCCCCCCCCCCCCCGCUUUUUUUUAAGUUACAGGACUCCUACCUCCAUUGUGCCUCAGGCAGAAGGAUCAGUAGGUUGCUAACAGUAUUACUGAUACAUUUGAGUGUUUAUUAAUGUCUUUCUACCUAUCAAGUAUGGUGCUGAAACCUUUACAUGAACUAUAUCAGUUAAUCAAUCCUACCAGUCAUAUGAGAUAAGAAGUAUUAUGUAUAUUAUGUACCUUAUUUUCUUUGUUAUCCUCUUUUGUGUGUUUUUUUUUUGAGGCAGAGUCUCACUGUGUAGCCUAGACUAGUCUCAAACUUGUGACAGUUGUCCUGCCUCAGUCUUUCCAGGGCUGGGAUGGCAGGUGUGAGCCACCAUACCUGGCUGAGCUGCUUUGUAAAGAUGUGUUAUUUCCAAUUUUGCACUUAAAGCAAGACUGUGUUGCUAAUUUUAUAUUGCACUCUUUCAAAUAGAUAAGAUUUAUUAUAGAUUUACAUAAAAUGUGCCUUAAAUUUUUGUAUAUUGUGUGUGUGUAUGCGUGUGUGUGUAUGUGUGUGCGCGUGCGUGCAUGAGAGCACACACUUGCAUUUCUGUAUAGAUAGCUCCUGAUAGCAGAAAGCAGGGGCUGAGAGAGAGAUCAGUAAAUCCAGGAGUGUACAGAACUUGGUGGAUCCAGCCCCAGCCUGCUGGAAAAGGAGUUUUAGUACACAUCACGUAGACUCAUUUAUGAAUUGCCUAUCCGAUGGUUGCUUUGAGGCUUACAAGGACAGCAUCAAGUUAUUAGACCAGAGACCCAGCAUCUCACGAGGCUGAAAAGACUCUAUAGCCAAUGGAAAGUUGGCUAGCCACCUCUGAAUGGCUGGUGAACUGGAGUGAAUUAGGGAGGAAGUAAUUCAGAAAAAGCAAAGGCCGACUCUGUGGCAGCCUUGCUGGAACUCUUGUGCCACAUCCUUCAGUGUUGAAAAUAUACAGUAUUGCAAUCCAAUACAGACCACCUACGUGUGUUCGUCUGCAUGGCCAUGCGUCCCUGAAUAUUAGAAGACAUGUUUUAGGAGCCGUGGAGAUUGGUUCAGUGGUGAAAGCCCUUGCCACGAAAAUGUGAAGACCCAAGUUCAGGUCCCCAGAAUCCAUGUAAAUGCCAGAAUGGGGGUGACAGCCCUCCUGUAAUUCCAGGCUCAGAAGGUGGAGAUGGAAUCUCCAGAGCAAGCUAGCUAGAGAGACUAGCCACAUGGGAGAGCUCUGGAUUUGAUUGUGAGAGUCUGCUUCAACCAACAAGGUGGAAGAGUGUUAGAGGACGGUUCCUGACAUCAACUUUGGACCUCCACACAUGUGCAUGAAAAUGGAAGAAGCAAAAAUUAAAUUGAGAUGACAAGUUCCACCAAUAGGAGUUACCAGCAUUAAAUCUAGGUCCUAACCUGCUGUCACUUAAAAGUGCCGGUGACAACACUCUCAUCUGCUCUUGUUCAGGUCAAAGAACCUUGUCACCCACAGUUUGCAAAGCUCUGGCAGGUAACAGGGCAGCAAGUGAUGUGACCAUCCUCUACUGCCUCCUUUACCAGACCCUCAGCAAUGCUGGAAGGACUUAUCCGAAGACAGAUAGAUGGUGGCUGGUCCCAGGACACCCACCGAGCCUGUGAUUUUCCGUGUGCUCCAGAUGCCACCGAUGGAGUGGGGAGUAAGGGUCUAGUGAUGAUUCCAGGCUCUGUGGAUUGUCUUUAUAUCUUAUUCGGAACACUUUCUUUCCACACUUUGCUCUAAGAGGAUAAGAGUGGGCAGAUAUCUUAUGGUGAGAGUAAGGAAGCCAUAGAUGAAGAAAUCCCAGGACUCUGGUUGGAGCUAUCUCUGGUGAUGUGGCUGCCUAACUCUUGAGAGGCUCACAGGAGUGGGACUAAGAUGUGUUUUGUCGGGGAGGUGACUACAUGUGGCCAAUUAUUUGUACAGAGAUUGUUUUAUGACUGUGAGACAUUUGCAUGUGUAUGAGAUCGGCUAUGUGAGGUAGCUUCCCCUAGAAAGAGAACAGGGAGACUUUAUAUUUACUGUGAUCCUUUUGGUUGCAAACAAGAAGCUAACCGGCACAGAAAACCAAAGCAACGAAAGGCAACUGUGGACAUGCAUGCCUGGCACGGCUCCUUACAUGAAGGGUUUGUGAUGCUGUGAACCUUGAUUGGAAUCAAGAACUUGAUACAGCCGAGACAUCUCUUAUCUCUGGGUAUUUCUUUGCAUGGCACUUCUCUAAUAGACUGAAGCAUUCUCCAUGUUCGGGAGCAGUGGCUUCCAGUGUGGGAUGCUUUUCAAGCUUAGAGGAAAGAGAGCUUCUCUCACCCAGAGGAAGAUCCCAGCGAGGCUGCUGCAAUUUUGGGAAGCGGUCUGAGGACUGAUUGGUCCUUUCUUAUCCUUGGGCAAAUGCAAUAAGAACUUAGCACUUCUGUAAAUAUUUUUGAAGAUGUUCUCUACAGGGGGAUGCCAGAAAAACAGGACCCAUUUCUCUGCAGUAGCAUGCAUGGACAGUGACAGCAGUCAGGGGACAGCCUGAUUGAAGCAUGGUCAGCUAUAACAAUGACUCAAACAUGCUCUAUCUCGCUCUGUCCCAAAGCAUGUUGAUUUUUGUUUUGUUUUGUUUUUCAUGAUAAAAGUAGUAUAUUCACAGACUGGCAAGAAGACCAAGCCAGUAAAGGUGCUGAUUACUAAGCCUGACAAUGUGAGUUCAAUCCCAGGGUCCCACACGAUGGACUGAGAGAACAGACUCUGGUAGGCUGUCCUCCCAACUCCACAAGGGUACCCUGGGGUAGAACCCAAGCACAUGCAUAUACACACAAUAAAUAAAUGUAAUAAAAAUGUAUUCUUUCAUUUGUAAUGCAUCUAUGGAUAUUGUUCAAAGUAUAGUCAGAAGGUAUAUAUGAAGGUUUAUUCUGACAUUUAUAUCAACAAAAAUGUAUACACAGCAAAUAUUCAACAAUGAAAUGUAUGUUGUACAUAGUUUUCUUUCUUUCUUUCUUUCUCUCUCUCUCUUUUCCUUUCUUUUAUGAGACAGGGUGUCUCUGUAGUCCUGGCUGUCCUGGAAUUUAAACCAGGUUGGCCUUGAACUCACAGAGAUCAAGCAAUCUCUGUCUCCUAAGUGGCCGGGAUUAGUGCAUGACUUCCAUACCCAUUUGUAUAUAUAUGUAUUAUAAUGCAUGUACAAGAAAAAUAAAAAUAGACUAUUAGUCUUA